CGACUCCAACAUGCAUUCGACGCCUCAGCACGACUCUGCGCCGCAAGCGGGCAGCUACAACGACAACGCGGCGGCCCUCACGGUCGGCAAGUGGGAGGCCGGUAUUUUUGGCUGCUUCAGCUCUUUCAUGCCCAACUGCCUCAUGGCGACCUGCUGCCCGUGCGUAUCGCUUGCGCAGACGACGCACCGCCUCGGCUUGUACUCGUAUUCGAAGGUGCUCUUGGUGUACGGCAUUAUUUGGGUUGGCAUGGCGGUCUGCUCCGCCUUGGCCAACACCUCGGAGACCAUCUCGAUCGUCGAGUGUGUGCUGUUUGCGCUUGGGUUCUUGAUGCUUUUCCAGAUUCGCACCAAAGUGCGCACGCUGCUGCAGAUCCCGGGCUCGCAGUUCGAAGACUGCUUCUACUCGCUCUUUUGCGGCUGCUGCGCACUCGCGCAAAUGGCGACGCAGGCCAAGGCGUACGACGCCGGCAAGUGCUCGUUCGGCGCCAAGGACACGCUGCCGGCCUACAACAUGGCCUAACAGUAAGCAAUGUGGGCAUAAUUUUGUUAUUGUCGUA